CGGAUAUUUUUCCAUUGAACAAGAUGGCUGCCAAAGCAGCAAAAAAGUCUGGAGAAAUUAUUGGAAGAUUAAGGACAUAUAUUCCUGCAGGAAAGGCUUCUGCUUCUCCACCAUUAGGGCCACAGUUAGGACAGGUAAUAGUCUCCUAGUAGCAUGCUUUUGACUCUCCAUUGCUUAUUUAAGUUAUUUUUCAGGCAUGUACAUUGUACAGAUGUACUAUGUAUUAAACUAUGUUAAUGUACUUCAAAAUUUGUUGUUUUAAUAGAAAGGAGUCAAUAUUUCCCAGUUUUGUAAAGAGUUUAAUGACAAAACAAAAGACUUCAAGCCUGGUGUUCCCAUACCAACACGAAUAACUUUUAAGGUAGUGUAUUGUGUAUAUUGGGAAUAUAUAAAAGAAUUGGCUGAAUUGCAAGCCUGACGGCUGACUGAAAAGUUUGGAAACUAUGCAUGCUGUAAAGUGCACAUGAGUUUUGAAAAUUUAAUGCCAAUAUAUAGAAAACAUCAGAACUAUGUCCAGCCUGAACAAUUUGUUGCAUAAUCAAGACCGUCGGAAGCGGGGGGGGAGGGAAGGGGGGCAGGGGACUUGGACACACUUUGCCAAGAACUCUGUCAAGAGUGUGCUGCUACGUAAUAUUUGUUUAUACAAAGUGUCUUACACUCUUACUGUCAGCUAUUUAGUAAACUGCCGGCUAUAUAGUGACUAUAGUUAAAUAUAAAAACUUUUGUUUGCGCUAGCUUUCAGCGAGCUUGCCAUAAAGGCACUGCAUGUGGAAAGUGAAAUGCAGUCAAAACAGGUUGUGUUUGUUUGACUUGGAAUUUUUUUUCUUAAAAUUUUUUAAACUUUUUUUCCACAUUUUCUAACAGAUUAGGGUCAGAGAUUAGGGUUUGGGGUUGGGAUUGGUUUAUCUUAAAAAAAUUCAACUUUAACCCAUUGAGUUGCAUUGCACCCUGAUGCACCCUACUUUAGUAUUUUACUCUGUCUAACGCCAGACGAUUUUACUCGUCAAGGGGAGAGCGCUGGCGCUUAAUGGGUUAACUAUAGUCACGGAUAGAUACUAGGUUCUAUGAUGCUGGUAUCCACUUGGAUACUGACAAAAAUUUCAAGUUUCGAGCCCUGGAAUUUGCCAAUUGCUGACCUGAGACCAGUUGUUGAAAUCUCAAUCUAAUAGCGUUAACCCUUUGUUCGAAUUUAACCCACUGUUUUGGUUUGUGCAUUUCUGCACAUCAGUUUGUUGAAUAACAUUGGUAAAUAAAUAAAACUUAUUGAUCUAGACAAAAUUUCUUGAAAACUAUUUCUAAGUUUAUAUACAAGCUGUUGGAAAAUUUACUGAAAAUAUUCUGACAUUUUAUGCAUUUUAGGAUCAAGCCUAAGAGGUCUAAGAGUCCCAUUAAUUAAAGCAAGAUCGAUGUGCAUCACAAUUUAUCUCUGUAUAGUGCCAGUGAAUCACUGGCACUAUACAGAGAUAAAUUGUGUUGAUCUUAUGGUUCAACCCUUGGGUACUUCCACAAUAAAGCUGUUAAAUUUAUUGUUUGAUUUUUGUUCAGAAUAUAACUGUGUAUCACUGGCAGUGAUACACAGUUAUAUUCUGAACAAAAAUCAAACAAUAAAUUUAACAGCUUUAUUGUGGAAGUACCCAAGGGUUGAACCAUAAGAUCAAUUUUCGGGGGGGGGGGUGCUUGUUGAAUUAAACGACAGUAGCAUGGUUGAAAUAAAGAUUUUGAAAUAAAUAAGACUAAACACAAGGAUUCUGAACUAAAUUGCCCCCUUCUUUGCAGCCCGAAAAAUCUGUCAAUGGGUUGGACAGUGGUUUGUUCUUCACAUAGUACUUUAGCAUUAGCAGGGGAGUUUCACAACUUUUAAUAAUGAAAUGCCUGCCCAGUUUCCAAACCUUAAGCUCCUAAAGCAUUAUGGCAAACCAUCACAUUAGACCAUUCUGAUAUCUGAUCUAAAUUGAAUUCACAGGCAGACAGAAGUUAUACAUUUGAAACAACAAUGCCACCCGUCUCAUACUUCCUGAAGCAAGCUGCAGGCAUUGAGAAAGGAGCCUCUAAACCAGGUAUCUGAGAAUAUAUCCUUAUCAUUACAAUAUUAGUCAUUCCGAAGUUGAUGAGAGGACUGGGGACGAAUGUUAAAAAGUGCCCAAAUUAAGAAAUGAACCAAAUCACUUAAAAGACCACCUCAAAAUUAGUAAGUAUACAAAGUUUGAAGACGUUUACAUGAAUAUCCUUUGAAUAAUAGGCUUUCGAAAAUCGUGAUAUUUACUUUGAAAUGUAUUGUAAUUUUUGUUUUUGGGACGCGCGUCCCAAAAACAAUUUUUAAAUCAGUAAUUUCACAAUUUUCGAAAGCUUAUUAUUCAAAGGGUAUUCAUGUAAACGUCUUCAAACUUCGUAUACUUACUAAUUUUGAGGUGGUCUUUUUACCUAUUUGGUUCAUUUCUUAAUUUGGGCACUUUUUAACACUCAUCCCCAGUCCUCUCAUCAACUUCGGAAUGGCUAAUUAAGCAAUUAUAUUUAUGUAAUAAUCUGAUAAUCUUAGUUCAUUCUGCUAUUUCAUUGGUUAAAGCUGUGAUCUAUUAGACUAAUAAUUAGAGGACAGUCACAGAUGCAUGAAUGUCAGUAUUUCAGUGACAACAAUAUCUCUAAGCCAAUCACUUACAAUCUCUCAAAGUGCCAUAUGAACCAUGGCAUGCUUUAGUUUUUGUAUGGAUCUUAGAUCACAUCAAAAGGGGGACUGGAUUAAAACCUGUGUUUGUGUUAGUUUGUGGUAAUCUUUAACACAUGUGACAAAACAUAAGAUUUUCAAUUUUUUUUGCAUCCUUACACAAGCAUCAGGCCAAAAAAAAAUAUGUGGGUUUCCGGUUUCCCGACCCUACCAGUACCUAGCUUUUGGACGUCGAAAUCCCGACCCUAAACUUUUUUUAUUGUAUCAUGCUUGUAAGUGUUUCCACUUAGAGGAAAAAGUUUGUGGAAAAUUGAAAUUUGAGGCAAUAUUAGGGAAAUUUAUCUUUGGAUGUGGAAGCACUGACUAAACAAAAUGGCGUCCGUUUGUUCGGAAAAUUAAAAAAAAAGUUUAAAAAAAAAGUUUAAAAAAAAAGUUAAAAUCAACCUACCCUACCUAAGUUUUUAUAAGAAGAAACCGGAAACCCACAUAUUUUUUUUUUGGCCUCAUGGUCCAUGAUGGAAAAUGCCACCAAAAUUAGUUAUACCAAUAUUUGGGUGACGUCUGUGUCGACAGACACACCGGACGCGAUUCGACGACGCGAUUUUUCGAUUUUUACUGACCGAUAAGUGAUUCUAGUUUUGAUAUGAUUCUAGUUUAAAUUUUCCAAAUAUUUCGAAGCGCUAUAACAUUAGUUGAGUUAUUUGUUCUACAUAUCUUUUAAAAUUUGCUCUCAUUUUUAGUUUUUGAAAGUUAAUAAAACAACCAGUGAGACUGUGAGAGCAAAUUUUGAAUGAUAUGUAGACCAAAUAACUCAAACUGUUAUAGCGCUUCUAAAUAUUUGGAAAAUUUAAACUAGGAUCAAAGUUAUCAGUCAGUGAAAAUCGAAAAAUCGCGUCGCGUUGUCGAAUCGCAUCCGGUGUGUCUGGACCUUAACAGUUUCAUUUUGUUGGUUAAUAACAAAACGCCAUAUAUAUUUUUUAUAUUGGAGAAAUUUGAUACUUUAUACUCAUAAUUGUUUUCAUUUGAGUUCCUGUUGUGAGAUUAAGGUUGUAUAUAGUGAUUUGGGCUUUCCCUUUUGUGUCGUUUUUGUUCUAAUAAUAGUAUAUUCGUUGUUUUAUAUUAUGUUACAAAGUUUAAAUAAGUGUAGUGUAUAAAUAUAACGCUCCACUGACACUGAGUAUGUAAAUUAUUUCACUACAAGUUGAGGGCAUUUGCUUUGACAUUUCCGAAGUCUACGCAAAUAUCGUGUAAAAGUAAAAGUUCUCGAAUCUUGUACGAGUGGAUUUUAGUCUUUGUUUAUUUGUUCAUUCAUCAAAAUGGAGUUGAAAAUCGAGUUUUCUCCCUCCAAGGCUAAGUUAAAAGAAGUACUCCAUGCUGUAUGUGGGAUUCUAAAUAGUUCCAAAGAAGGCGGUGAAUUGAUUCUGUUCUCCGAAAGUUGUCCUUAUUCCAAGAAGAACGCCGACGAUAUUACGCGAAAAAUUGAACAGAAAUUGGAAACAACGUUCGGUCUUGAGGCAACGCGUGAAAUUAUUGAUAAAAUACCGCAAACAAACGAUGGGAAAGUAUUCGAACUACAUUAUCAAAUUAAGCCAACGACAAUGUUACCUUCAAAGCUGUACACAAUAAAUUACAAUCUGUAUUGCACAACUAACACACAAGUUCACCAUAUACCGUCGAGCGAGCCGUUAGAGCAUAUUGUGGAUGUUAUAAAAGGAGUACAAACACGAGAAGAAAAGUUCGUUUUCGGUGAGCAUCAGAAAACAUUUUCCUACGGUGCAGUAGUUGCUUUAGAAGAGAGCAAAGAAAUACAAUUAAAACUACUGGAUGAUAAAGUUACCGACAAAUGUAAUCUUGCAGACAGAAUGACGAAUGAAGGCAACAAACUGGUUUACUAUGUUUCAGCGUUUGCAAACGGCAGUGGGGGACAUAUUUAUUAUGGAAUAAAACUUAACGAGAGCGGUUCUUACGUCGCGUACGGCCAAACUGUUCAUGAUAAGGACAAAAUAAUUAAUAAAGUUAAGAGUACUAUAGAUAAAUUGUUUGUCUGGCCAGGCAUCAAAGAGUCCUUGAAGAAAGGUCAACAGUGGGAUAUCUAUUUUGAAAACGUCUUGAACACAGAAGAGGCUAAGUAUGUCAUUGUCAUUUCAGUCAACUCUCACGAUAGAGGGGUGUUUGUACGAGAACCAGAAAGCUAUAUCAUUGCUUAUGUCGAGCCCAAAGAUGCUGAGGAGGGGGUCGAGCCAGUGGUCCAAUCAGUGAAUCAGCCAGGGGUCCAGCAAAGAGUCGAAUCAGUGAUUCAGCCAGAGGUUCAACCAGGGGUCCAACCAGAGGUCCAACCAGCCCUCCAGCCAAGCCCAAGGGUCCAACCUGUGCUCCGGCCAGUGGUCCAGCCAAUGGGAUUGUGCGAGUGGAUCGUAAGGUUCCUUUUAACUAAUUACCGGAAUAUUUUUCCACAUGAAAAAUUUCCACGAAUCAUUGGCCGCUGCGAGUGGAGUUCACCUGAAGCAUUAACAAAGCACCUCAAUGUGCUUAAAAAGCUCGUAAUUCUCAGAAACGACGGACGUGGGGAAGAAUUUAACGCGUAUAAGAAUUCUAUAACAGAUUCUGACUCAAAUACCAAAUGUUUAAUUCAACAACAGGAAGCAGGCAAUUUCUUCAGAAAGAGACUUUUAAAUGAAGCUGAAGCUAAGCUGAAGGAAAAUGAGGAUCUUUUAAACGAAACACCGGGGAAAUGUGCUGAUGUUGGAAUCUACCAGAUCAGGCGGUUAUAUUGGGCGAGCGUUGUUAAACGGGCGCAAGGUAACUAUGCGAAAUGUCGGGAAUUAUGCGAAGAAGCUUUACAGGGGUCUCAGCAUCAACCCACUAUACUGGUCCUACCUUGGAUACAUUACAAUCAAGCUAAAAUGGUUGAGAUUGAUAUAGCUAAAGAAGAGGAUUCUGGUGAAGAACGUUGCUUAAGAACGACAGCCAUGGGGUGUUAUGAAAGUGCUCUUCGAAGCUCGUUUGCGCUUCAGGGUUUCCCAAAAAAUCUCGUGAUCGACUUGCAACAGCGCGUACUUAUCGCUAUGGCUAGACUUUUGUUGGGGGCUAUCUAUGAUGGAGAACACGUUGUACAUAAAGCGUGCUUGCCGUGUGACAUAACACACGCUGAUUAUUUGUUGGAUGUGGUGGAUGGUUCUGUCGUGAAACAAGGCUGGCCUAUGACGAAAUUAAGCAAAGCUGAAUACCUAUUGGUGCGUGCGGAACGAUAUUACAAUAGUUGGAUAGAAUUUUCCAAACCACAGUUCAUCAAGAAAGCCCUCCAACAAUCUGAAAAGGCUCGUAAAAGUGCUGACUCGAGAAACUUCAAAGAUGUCUGUAAUUUUGCUAAAGAACAAAUUGAAAUAUUUAAGAAGUUCGACGAUUCUAAACAAGAACAGUAGACGCCUACUCCUGCAAGCUCUGAUGACUGAAGCCUCCGUAUUUGCAAUUUUCGACAGCAAAAGGAAGUUGCCGCCGAUAGUAUUUCCGUGCUAUGUACUUAUUCUGCACAAACAGCAUUCUUUAUAUGAAAUACAAGUUCCUGAAAAAUAUAAGCGGUUCUAAACUUCGACGUUUCGGGUUUUCAAGUUGUAUUUCGUAUACACUAUAGUCUGCGUAGCAGGCGGUAUAUAUUUCCUAUGAAGAUUCCUGUUUGUUCUCAUCACUACCCACGCUGGCACAGACAGUUUGAGACUUAUUCUGUACGUCGCGCGUAACUGCAGGGACGAGAUUGAAACCAGACAGCAAUAUUGAACAACAAUAACUAGUAUGGCUCCGUAUAUGUAUUGAUUGUAUUCCUUAUGGAAUGUCAAUGUUAACUGCUUGAACUAGAAUAUUGGUAGUUGCAUCCAUAAGGAAGACAUUUUGUUGUUGAACACUGCCUGCACUGGUCCACAACCAAGAAAUAAUAGUAGAACUUGUGCAAUAAAUUUACUAGGAGUGAUAUUUAUAUUAGUCUGUCCAAUUUUCCUUCCUUGCAGGGCCGUACGCAGCGGGGGGGGGGGAGUUUAAUUGAGCAAUUUAACCGAGAAUGAUUGAGCCAAAUGGCGGUUAUAAUCUUGUGAAUCAGAAAGGCAUAUAGCACUACGAGUGGAUUUGACAGGCACUAAAUUUCUAUGUUUUUUCCGGAGUUCAGAGUGAUUUGCUAGACAGAUUUCUGUUGAUGUUCUGUUCUUUAUUUUAAAUUUAUUUAUUUCGGUUUGAUACUCUUGUUAUAGGCUGUCAAUAUGGCUAAAUCAAUAUAGUUUACAAUUUACAUAUGCUAUUUUGCGUAACAUAAACUCUCAAAAUGUUUAUUUUAAUAAUGUAAUUAAUGAGGCCAACAUGUAUUUUGAAAACCGAUAUAAUUGUCUUCUGGGGCCGGUUGUAUACGAAAGCCGGAUAGGGUUUUUCAGGCUUUCUUAAAUUUUCUGUUGACUGGUAUAGCUGCGAGCAGGCUAGUAUAACCCACAUUUAAAUUUAGUGUAUAAAAACUCAAGAAAAGUGAAACCAAGAUGGCGCCCAUUGACUUCCAAUAGCUCUGAAGGGCGUGAACAAAUGGGAAACAUUAUCUUCUAAUCGUAUAAAGCACAAGGCAAUCUUAAUAUACAAAACUAUUAACAAAUAUACACCAGUCUAUUUACAAGAGAUGCUUUGUUUUCUCCCAGUGAGUGUGUUUAUAACCUGAAAUGGUAAACUCUAUAUCUCAAAACAAUGCACGCACAGAUUAUUUGAAACGCUCCUUUAGUUACCGUGGAGCUUUUUAUUGUUUUCUAACGGAUCGUAUCGCUAAUCAAGUUAUCAGUUCAUAAAACCAUAGUGUUAUUUUUUAAAUCGAUGUCAAAAUAGGAAAUUUUGGCACACUCUCCAGUCCCUUUCUAUUAUUUUUGUCUGCGCAGUUAACACGAAGAUGACUUCACUUUUUGGACCCAUGUUCUUGCUCCAGAUAUAUAUGGAGCUCUCACCAGUUCGAUAUAUCCAUCGGGUUUUCCCCUUUGUCGUACUUUUUUUUACAAAAUGUACGUAUAAACACUGAGCAUGUAUUAAAAUUCAAGACCAGGUGAGCCUUGCUUUGACAUUACUGCAGCCUAUGGAAAUAUCAUGUGAAAGUAAGAGUCCUUGUAAGAGUGUGUCUACUGUCUGGAAGUAGUUUUUGUUCAUCUCAAUGGAGUUGAAGAUCAAGUUUUGUCCCUCGAAGAUCAACGACAAGACAGACAAGGCAGACAAAGCAGACAAGGCGGCAAAGCCAAAAAUACUCGAAGCUCUGUGCGCAAUUCUAAAUAGUUCCAAAGAAGGCGGUAAGUUGAUUGUGUUCUCCGAAAAUUGUCCUUAUUCUAAGAAAAGUGCGGACGUAAUUUCACGGAAAAUUGAACAGAAAUUGAAAACAUUUGGUGUAGUUCUAACGCGUGAAAUUAUUGAUAAACUACCGCAAACAAACGAUGGAGAAGUAUUCGAAAUACAUUAUCGAAUUAAGCCAACGACAAUGUUACCUUCAAAGCUGUACACAGUAAAUUGCAAUCUGUAUUACACAACUAUCACAGAAGUUACUCAUAUACCGUCGAGCGAGCCGUUCGAGCAUAUAGUGGAUGUUAUCAAAGGAGAACAAACACGAGAAAAAAAGUUCGUUCUUGGUGAGCAUCAGAAAACAUUUUCCUACGGUGCAGUAGUUGCUUUAGAAGAGGGCAAAGAAUUACAAUUAAAACUAGUAAAGGAUAAAGUUACCGACAAAUGUAGUACUAGUCUUGCAGACAGAAUGACAAGUGAUAGCAACAAACUGGUUUGCUAUGUUUCAGCGUUCGCAAAUGGCAGUGGGGGACAUAUUUAUUUCGGAAUAGAACUUAACGAAAGCGGUUCCUACGUCGCGUACGGCCAAACUGUUCAUGACAAGGAGAAAAUAAUUGAUAAAGUGAAGAGAACUAUAGAUAAACUGUUUGUCUGGCCAGGCAUCAAAGGAUCUUUGAACAAAGGUCAACAUUGGGAUAUCUAUUUUGAAAAGGUCUCGAACACAGAAAAGGCUAAGUAUGUCAUUGUCAUUUCAGUAAAUUCUCACGAUAGAGCGGUGUUUGCACGAGAACCAGAAAGUUAUGUUGUUGAUGCCAGUGGAGUAGUCCAGCGAAUGCAAUUCUGCGAGUGGGCCAUAAGGUUCCUUUUAGCUGAUUACCGGAAUAUUUUCUUGCGCGAAUUGUUUCCACGAAUCAUUGGCCGCUGCGAGUGGAGUUCACCAGAAGCGUUAAAAAAGCACCUUGAUGUCCUUAACAUUCUAGUAAUUCUCCGAAACGACGGCCGUCGGAAGGAAUUCAACGCGUACAGGGAUGAAUUACUAGCAAGUUCUGAUGGAAAUACCAGAUGUUUACUUCAGCAACAAGAAAUAGCCAGACUAUUCAGAAAGAGGCUUUUAGAUGAAGCCGAGGCUAAAUUGAAAGAAAAUGAGGAUUUUUUAAACGAAACACCUGCAGAAUGUGCUGAUGUUGGAAUCUACCAGACCAGGCGGUUAUACUGGACGAGCGUUGUUAAACGGGCGCAAGGUGACUAUGCGAAAUGUUGCGAAUUAUGCGAAGAAGCUUUACAGGAGUCUCAUCUUCAACCAACUGGACUGGCCCUACCUUGGCUACAUUACAAUCAAGCUAAAAUGGUUGAGAUUGAUAUAGCUAAAGAAGAAGGUGCUAGCAAGGAACGUAACUUAAGAACGACAGCCAUGGGGUAUUAUGAAAGUGCUCUUCGAAGCUCGGUUGCGCUUCAGGAUUUCCCGGAAGAGCUCGUGGUCGGUGUACAACAGCGUGUACUUAUCGCCAUGGCUAGACUUUUGUUGGGAGCUUUCUAUAAUGGAAAACAUGUUGUACAUAAAGCGUGUUUGCCGUGUGACAUUAAACACGCUGACUAUUUGCUGGAAGUGGUGAAAAAUUCUGUCGAUGUACAAGGCUUGCCUAUGACAAGUUUAAGCAAAGCUGAGUACCAAUUGGUACGCGCUGAACAAUAUUACAAUAGGUGGAAAGAAUCUUCCAAACCAGUGUUCAUCAAGGGAGCUCUCAAACAAUGCGCGAAGGCUCUUGAACGUGCUGAAACAGGAAACUUCAAAGGUGUCAGUGAUUUUGCUAAAGGGCUGAUUAAAAUACUUGAGAAGCUAUAGGUGAUCACAGGCAAGGUAAAUAGACGCCCAUUCCUGCAAGUUCUGAAGCCCCAGUAUUUGCAAUUUUCGACAGCAAAAGGAAGUUGCUGCCGAUAGUAUUUCCGUGUUAUGUACUUGUUCUAUACAAACAGCAUUCCUUAUUGCCAUUUUAGGAAUUACAAGUCUGAAAAAUAUAAGCGGAACUCCGACGUUUCGCGUGUUUUCACUUUUCAGGUAGUUGUAUUUCCUGUUUGCGAAGAUCAUGAAAAACAAAGUGCUUGAGGUGGGAGACAAGCCCGUAGCUGGCUCUCGAUUUCUGGGGGGGGGGGCACUCACUGCACAAAGAAUGUAACCGACCUUUUAGAUGAACAAAUUUUUUUCCGGAAAUUAUUUUGGCGACCUCCCCCCCCCGCCCCCCCGUCGCCAAAAAAAUUUCGGUCAGUGUACCAUUUUAGGGGUCAAAUAUUUUUUCCGGACAAACCAAUUUUUCCGGACACACCAAAUCUUUCCGAAACCUGCCAAAAUUUUUCAAAAAUCACACAAUUUUCCACAAAAUUUACAGAAUUUUUUCCAUUUUUACAAUUGGUUCCCAAGCCCUUUAUCUCAAUUUUUCAUACCCGAUUUCCGAGUGGGGGGGCACUGCCCCACCGAGUGAGGGGGCAUUGCCCCCCCCAGCCCCCCCCCCCCAGCUACGGGCCUGGUGGGAGAGCGAUAUCUUAGCAGUAUAAAUAUUUGCUUACAUCUUGCGAAUGAGAUAUAUGACAAGAAAUAGGGAUUUUAAUGAAUAAUUGUACUGUUUUUACUGCUCAUUUAUAUAUUGCAUUUAUAUUAGCUCCAAUGACCUUGAGAUGUCACCUGAUAUUUCGCAAGUGAAUGUAUAUAUGGGCGACUGCCCCACUGAGAAAAUUUAACUUACUAACUUUACAAUGCUAUUAUAAAUGACGAAGCAAAAUGGCGCUUAUAAUCUUGUGAAUCAGAAUGUAUGAUUCCUUAUGGGAUGGCCACGAGCAUGGAUCUAACCGAUAUGACUUUGAAUGCAUUGACUUUGAGUACUUUUUCAGCAUCAUGGGUAUUACUGCCCCCUCCCCUCCCGGUGAAGAAAUCCUGCGUAUUGUCCUCUGACUUCGUUAUGUCGUACUAACACCAUCGUUAGGUUCUUAUGCUAGUUAGUUAUGGUUGGCAAAUAAUAAUAGUAAACUUGCAUCCAAAAUGCAAGUUAAUCUCUACAAUAAGUGAAGAAGAGACUCAGCUAAGAUAAAUAAAAUUGUUUGCCUAACUAUUUGUUCAUUCCAAACGCCAUGUUCUUUGGUUUCCAUGCUAACUUAUUUCCAUCGCUAUCAUAAGGAAUGAUAUUCAUGUUGCUCUGUCCAACUCGUUUUCCUUCCUUGUGCCUUGCUUCAGCAGUCUUGAGUCUUGAUUGAACCACCAUAUCUGUUUCCUCCCUGGUUAUCUCCACCACAGCUGCUUCGGCUGUCAGUACAGCUUGUUGAGCAUUCUUAACAGUUUCCGCUGCCUGGUCUAGCGCUUCUUUGCUCAUUUCUGCUGCACGCUUCGCACGUCGUAAUUCUUUGAUCCUUUUGAACAAAUAAAAAAUAUUAGGUAUAUGGAAUAGUUAGUGUUAAGUAUGGUUUACACUGUCAAAGUUUCUGUGAUCACAGUAGGAAUUUUGCAUAGGUAAAUUGGAUUUAUAAGAAAUGUUUAAGGAAACUGACUUAGUGCGCUGAACACUGAGUCAGUUGCUCAAACAUUUCUUACAAAUCCUUCAAAACUUAUAAUUUACCUAUGCAAAAUUCCUACUGUAAUCACAGAAACUGUGAUAGUGUAAACCUGCCUUUAAAGUUCGUAUAACUGACGUGCCUAUAGUUGUCAUUAUUAUGAUGCAAGCACAUAGGAUAGAUAGACCUAAUUGGCUAACUUUAUUCUCGUCCCCGCCUAAUUCAGAUUUUCAGAUACCUCGCAUGCUUAGUUACCACUGUUCUGAAAGUUUAAGCACAGAAUGAAACAAAGAUAACCAUGUGACUGAAUUGAGUUGCAUUUGGCAUAAACAUGGAUGGCACAGUAUCACCUUUCAGUACGAAAGGCAUUUUGUUCAAUCCAUUAAACCGCAAUGCGCCUCAUAGGAUCGCUCUGUACCUAUUCUUUCAAAUGCUAGACACGUCCUGAGUGGAAGACGAUUUAAAUCGUCAAAGGAGACCAUUUCAAAAGUUAAUGGGGUUAGAUUGAUUUGAAACGGAAUUUCACUUUAUAAGCAGUUAAAGCCAACUUGAAUGUAACCGAGAAUGUAAAAGUUUGUUUUUUUAAAUUGCUGUUUACCUGUCCGGCUGUUGCGACUGUUCCGCCUUCUUCAACUUUUCCAUUAUUUCAGCGUGGACUUUCUUUGCCUUUUUCCAUUCAGUAUUCCCCUCAGCGCAGACUGCUGUUGCCUUUUCUCGGGCGAUAACCGCCUUUUCCGAAUCAUCACCAAAUGUUUUUAACAGAAACACCCCGCACUUGUCACCCUGGAGCUUGGCAAGGAUAAGUCUAGCAUCGACCAGGUGCAUUCCCUUGAGUCUUAGCGGGUCGUAUGACGUCAUACUGCGCACAUGAUCUGCGCAUCUCUUCAUCAUAUCACCAUGACCACCAGUGUCCUCGAUCCAGGCCCUUCGGAUGCCGUUCUCUGCCUUGCCUACAAACACCUGCACAAAAAGAUUAACCAGCAGUUCAAGAUAGCAGUUGAAGAUAUAAAAUGAUGAUUGGUCUAAAAAUAAAGCAUCUAUUAAACAAGUUUUUUCCGUCCUACGUUUUUAUUAUAACUUUAUCCAGCUAGUCGUAGGAUAAGAAUUUUAUGCAGUCCUGGGUCUUGAUCAAAACUUUACCCAGAAUCCCAGGACUUUAUCAAAUUUAUCAAACAUGAUUAAAACUUUUUCUACUCCUAGUAGAUUAAAAAAUUUUCUAGUCCUAGGAGCUAGAGUUGAUCAAAACUUUUUCCAGUACUAGAAAUUCAAAUGUUGAGAUGAAGAUAUGCAAACCUGUGUAUGACCAAUGUCCUUCAAUUGUGAAUUCGGGCCAAUCUGAAAAUCAUCAUUCACUACCACCCAGUAGAGCGCUGGCUUAUCUAAAGCCUUUUCCAAAUUCGUCUUGUCGUUUCUACUCUGAUCACCCUCAUUAUCCCCUCGCAUCUCGUCCGCAUUCUCUAGGAUAUAAUUCCGUAUUGGCUCAUGAAUCCAUUUGAAAUCCUCGUUACUCCUAACUAUCUCGACUUCCCCGCCCUUCGCUUGCCAAGUUUUCCAACCUUCGGUGGUUUUGACAUAGACCAGAGGGCAUAGUUGCUCUUCACUUAGCUCUAAUUCACUCGGGCUUCGCUUUAAGCUUUCAUGAUAUAAUUCCACCUUCACCUGCGCCUUUUUAGGCUUGUAUUUUAAGUGUUUCAAGCUGCCUUGGGCUUCACAGAAUUCGUAAUAAGUAAAACUAGAAGGAAAGCCUGUUUCGGUAGCCCAUCGGAAACCAAACUGAUUCUUUAUAAGAUUUUUCACUAACCAAAGUGGGGCACUUCUCUUCAGAUGUUUUGCUAAAUCCAGUGGCGAGCUUGCCAUAGAUAAGGUCUCCUCCCAACCUAUAUAACACAAGACACAACAAAAUGAUUUAUUUGUACUCUUAUACCUGCAUGUUUUUACAAACCUGUUGAAGACUACAGUCAGGUAUCUUUGUUAUACGAACUGUCUGGAAUAGACGAAAAGCUUUUGUACCCUAUUUAAAGGCUGGUCUAUACACUGUCAAAAUUUUUGUGACCACAGUAGGAAUUUUGCAUGGUAAAUUCUAAGUUUUGAAGGAUUUGUCAGAAAUGUUUGAGAGAACUAACUUGUUGUUUUCUUGUUGGUAACUAGUCAGUUUCCUCACAUUCCUUACAAAUCUUUCAAAACAUAGAAUUUACCUAUGCAAAAUUCCUAUUGCAUGUGAUCACAGAAACUUUGAUAGUGUAAAACACCAGGGAAUGUACAAAGUAAUAUUUCUUUGAGGUCGUGUGGACAGACACAUAAUGCGAUUUCCAAAACAAUGAAAAGACAAUGGAACAUUCAGAUCACUGAAUCGUGACUGAUAUAAUUCUUAUACUAAAUGGUUUUAGUUUUCUGCAAUUUUAUUGGAGGUAACUACAAUUCGGGUCAGUUGUUCAAAUAUUAGUUUUAUUUUGUGAAGUUUCAGCGUGCAGAAACACACAAACCAAAACAGUUGUUACAUCCUAAUCCAGGGUCAGCGCUAAUCACGCUUCGAACAACAGGCCUCUAGGGCCCUGCCCCAGAACAUUAAUGCAUACCAACCUUUACUGAAAUAAUCAUCUAAACAUUUCCCAUCGUUCAUUUCGAGUAGUCCUUCCAACUUUUUUCCAAGCGUUAAAACAAUUUUGUCCGAUUCAUCAUCAUCGUCAUUAUCAUCACCAUCACCAUCGUGGUCAUCGGCUUCUUCUUGUUCGAGGUCUAGUUUAGUUGUCAUUGUGUUGUUAAUUGCGACUUUAAGUAUCUUAAUGACAUGUUCCGGGUUUAUUUCUUCUUCGGGAAAGUAAUCGUAGCCGAUGUUUCUGAGUUGUCCUGCAAUUUCAUGCUUGUAUGCUUCGUUUUCUUGUGCCUGCUUCGUUAUAUCUGCCACAUUUUUUAACAUAUUCUGAACUAGGUCUUCAGGUAUAGACUCAUUCCCUUGCUCAGUCUGUUCAUCCAUGUUAUUCUCUUCCAUCCUUUAGUGUUUUUUCUCGUUUAGUUCAUGAUUUCCUUGCUUUAGCAAACAAAGAAGUCUAUGCAAAAGCAUCAAUAAUAUUAAACUCUGGUCUUAAACGAGUAAUUACAAGGAAUUAGGUUCGGGCUUAGUUUUAGGAUGCUAAACUGAAGUUCGCAUUGCCACCCGUUACGAUUUGAUUAGCAGCCAAAACAACGCCAUUUACUGACGCUUAUAAUGUCUUCUAUUACUUGAAUGUUUGUAUAUACAUAAAGUACAUAAUGAAACAAAAAUGUGCCUUAAGGCCGAUUUACAUCACACAACUUUAGUAACUUUUUCCUACGUUGGCGUUAGUCGUAGGUGUGUUGUGUGCUUGAUUUACACAGUACAAUUUCUCAUAUUUUUGAGUAAAGUUUUUCAGUCAAAAUAGUCGGGGAUUUUUUGCAAUGGGGAUGAUUUUUACUGAACUUUUAAGGCUCGUUUACAUUUUGUGCUGUGAUUUUCUCCUGAUGUAUGUGAACGAGUGGAUGAUUUAUGAAUGUUCAUAUGAGGGUACAUAUACUCGGGACAUUCGUAACUUCUUCACUCGUUCACAUACAUCAGAAGAAGAAAAUCGCACCAGAAAUCGCAGCAAAAAUUGCAAGUGUAAAGUUGUUAGUGCAUAUGUCAUGAUUUGUGUAAUUUAUUGUUUGUAAUCAUUGGUAUAUUUUAUGAAGAAAUGCAAUAUAUCUUUAAAAGAAAAUAUUCCAUCUUCACAGGAUUAUCAGGCCUCAAAGUUACCGGAUAUGACAUCAAACCGGGAAUUGCAAAUUAGAUUUCUUUUGUUUCUAGCGUACAAAAUUCCCGAAUUCCCGUACAAAAAUCCCAAAUCAUGACAUAGGCACUUAUAUUUAAAGAGAUUUGAUCAAAUAUUGAUAAGGCCAAAAAAAAAAUAUGUGGGUUUCCGGUUUCUUCUUAUAAAAACUUAGGUAGGGUAGGUCAACACCGCGGAAAAACGUCUGCGCAUGCACCAAAUUAUGAAAAUAUGGCGGGGAAUUUGAAUAUUAAUUUCUAAAACAAAAACAUGCUUAUUAUUGGUCAAGAAUUAGUAAAACAAACGGGAAAAUAUAGCAAAUGGGUAGACUAUACAUUAAUUGAAAGCGUCCUGGCAUGUAAAGUAUGGAAUGAAAUAUAAUUCAUUUAAAAAAAUGUUGAUUUUAACGGACACGACUUCGAAAAUUUUUGCAAAAUUAUUCAAAACAAAAAUUCAAACUAAAAAGUUAAGAAAACUCUCGAAAAGUUAAGCUUCUUAACCCACUCAAAUUGUAGAAUAAGUCCUAAAGUUUAAUUAUUGUGAACACGCAAAUUUUUUAUAUUUGGCGACACAGUUUUUUUUAAAGAAAUGUAUCUCAAACGAAAAUUCGGAAAUUGUCGUUGCUUAGUUGAUAAACAAAAUGUUUCAGACGAUAAAUUUGUCAACAAUCACCUUUAGUUCAUGUUCUUGUACAAUACAAUCUCUUGAACCUUCUGGCUGUAUUUAUUCCUAGUUUUUAGAAUGACAUGUUUAUUUUUGCGCUCGAAAUCUGGCUGUAAAGACGCACAAUGAAGUCACUCCUUUUUCCCGCCAUUUUGAGCCUUCGGAAACGUUCUGAACAGCUUCUCAUCAAGUUCGCAAUACUAUUACAGGUAAGGUUGACGCAUGCGCAGACGUUUUUCCGCGGUGUUGGGUAGGUCAGUUUUAACUUUUUUUUUUAAACUUUUUUUUUAAUUUUCCGAAUAAGCGGACGCCAUUUUGUUUAGUCAGUGCUUCCACAUCCAAAGAUAAAUUUCCCUAAUCUUGCCUCAAAUUUCAAUUUUCCACAAACUUUUUCCUCUAAGUGGAAACACUUACAAGCAUGAUCCAAUAAAAAAGUUUAGGGUCGGGAUUUCGACGUCCAAAAGCUAGGUAGGGUCGGGAAACCGGAAACCCACAUAUUUUUUUUUUGGCCUAAAGUAAGGUUAGAGUAGGUUUUCACCUGUAGUAAAAUUGGGUAGAUAGAGUGAUCCAGUAUAAAUAAAGUCAGUUUAGGUUAGGUUUAGAGAUUCAGUUACCUACCUGAAAAAUACAAGCAGAACUUCGAUGUUGAAGGCCCUUCGACGGGAAUUUAGCAAUCACGUUCCUAGAGCAUGCCCGUUCGCAGGGUAGGGUUGAGCAUAACCCUAACCUGCGAACGGGCAUGCUCCGGGAACGACGAAGGAGGCGAUGGGACAAAAGGGCGUUCGCUCGAAACGUCGAAGUUCUGCUUGUAUAUUUCAGGGAGUUGUAUCUCUUUCAAUCCGCACCCCUCUGAGGAGAUCAGUUUGGUGGCCUACGGGCUAAAACUAAAACAGUCCUUAAUAUGAACUUUCUAAUAUAGGACGCGAGAUAGCUGGCUUAGUCACGUUCAAACACAUCUACGAAAUUGCGAAAGUCAAGAAAACAGACAAAGUAUUUCAAAAUGCCUCGUUAGAGACUGUAUGUAAAUCUAUCAUCGGCUCAGCAAGAAGUAUGGGAAUACAGGUGAUAGAUGGAAGAACAGUGGACGAUUCUGGCUAAACUGAUACUGUAUAGGACAAUGUAAGGUAAAAGUUAUGGAUAACUAUGGAUAUCAGUUUUUAUGAAGAACGGAUGGUAUGGGGGUAAUAUGGAAUAACAGUUACGGAUUGAAUGGGAUAAUGUUGGAUAACAGUUGUUAUAAAGUACUGUGGAGGGGGAUAAUCGUUGACAACGGUGGUGGUCAUGCAAUGUUACAUCG